AUGGCUAUGAAACGUAUUAGCAAGCAGGAGCUCGCUGACCUCGGUCGCGACCCUCCGUCGUCGUGUAGCGCUGGCCCGACUGGCGAUAACAUGUUCCAGUGGCAGGCGACCAUCAUGGGUCCUAGCGACUCGCCCUACUCUGGUGGCGUCUUCUUCUUGUCGAUUACCUUCCCCACGGACUAUCCCUUCAAGCCGCCGAAGGUCUCUUUCCAGACCAAGAUUUACCACCCGAACAUCAAUGCCAACGGUAGUAUCUGUCUUGAUAUCCUCAGGGACCAGUGGAGUCCAGCUCUGACGAUCUCCAAGGUGCUCCUCUCGAUCUGCUCGAUGCUGACAGACCCGAACCCGGAUGACCCAUUGGUGCCAGAUAUCGCGCAUCUGUACAAGACAGACCGUGGUGCGUACGAAAACACGGCUCGUGAGUGGACUCGCAAGUAUGCUAUGUAA